GGAUAGGGUCCAGCCUCUCAAAACUUGUUCGGCAUGGUGCGUUUGACCAACAACGAGAAGGGAAAGGGAAGGGAGUGUCCCAAAGUGAUUUCAAUUCCCGCUCUGAGCCCUAAACUCUGCGUUGACCGUUUGCUCUCGCUUCGCUGGGGUGGGCGUGGUCCCGUUACGUCAUAGAGCUGGACGGGAGGCCAGAACUCCAAGACCUCAAAAGGUCGCGCCGGAUCAGAAGCGUCCUUAGCGACCGCCAGAAAGGGGACUUGCGCACGACAAAGUCUUAAUGGGAAUGAUUUUGGAAGUGAAUUCGGCCUUUGGUAGCUGCCCGGAGCCUUGAGAAUCUCAGUAUCAGGUCUACACCACAGUUUUCUUGUGUAUUCCCUUUCAAGUUCAUUCUACACAAGUAAAAACAUCUCUUUACCCUAAACGCUGAUCUCCAAUGGAAACCAUGGUUCCUUAGAAUCAAGUGAAGUAAGCAGAAGGAAGUUCCAGGACCAGGAAAGGAUCACUUCCAGGAAUACGUUAAUUUGAGAUGCGAAGUGUUUGAUCGGAAUUUGAGUGACAAUCUGGAAAAAUAGAAGAAUCCCAGUUCCAGUCAUUUUCUAAGAACAGAAGAAAAUGACCACGGUCCAGGGAUCAUUAUUGUUUGAAGAUGUGGCUGUGGAGUUCACCUGGUAGGAGUGGAGGCUACUAGACCCUGCUCAGAAGGACCUAUACCAGGACGUGAUGCUGGAGAACUACAGCAACCUGCUGUCUGUGGGGUAUCAAAGUCCCAAACCAACUGAAAUCUUCAAGUUGAAGCAAGGAGACAAACCAUGGAUAGAAAGGGAAAGUAUCCAUGAUCCAGAAGUUGGUGAUCCUAUGCAGCAAUCCUUGGAAUCCAAUACAAGCAUAAAAAUAUGGAAAGAGGCCAUGAACUCAGUUCUUUGGGAAAUAUUUUUUGUCUGCAUGGAAAUCUUGUUACUUUAAGGCAAAUCCAUGAUAAGUUUGACAUACUGAACUCUAAUUUAGAUUUAGUUAACCAGAAGCUCCAUAGCAAAGAAUCCUGACAAGUUUAAUAAAUACGAGAAAUCAUUUCUUCAUAGUAAACAUGAAAAACAUUACACUGGAAUUAAAUGCAAUAAACGUGGAAACACUUUCCGCACCAAUUCAAAACUCAGUAUACAUCAGAUUGAAAAAGGAAAGAAACAUGAGUGUAUGGAAUGUGGUAAAACCUUCAUCAAAAAGUCUCAGCUCACUGUACACCAGAGAACACAUACAGGAGAGAAGUCGUAUAAAUGCCUUAAAUGUGGUAAAGCCUUCUGCAGGAAGGCAGAGCUUAAUAUACAUAUGCAAGUUGAACGAGGAAUAAAACCCCACGCAUGCAGUGAGUGUGGGAAAACCUUCUCUAGGAAGUCUCAGCUCCUUGUACAUCAGAAAACUCACACAGGAGAGAAACCAUAUAUGUGCAGUGAAUGUGGGAAAGGCUUCAUUCAGAAGGGUAUUCUUAUACAUCAACAAAUUCAUACUGGAGAGAAGCCCUAUAGGUGCAAAGAGUGUGGUAAAGUCUUCAGUCACAAGCCAUGUCUCGUUGCACAUCAAAUAUUUCACACUGGAACCUAUGUAUGCACUGAGUGUGGAAAAGCCUACUUUCAGAAGUCAAGUCUCAUUAGACAUCAAAAAGGUCACACAGAAAAGUGCCACAAAUGCAAUGUGUGUGGGAAAAGCUACUCCACGAAGUUCAUACUUAGCAGACACCAGAGAGUCCAUACAGGAGAGAAGCCCCAUGGGUGCAGCAGCUGUGGGAAAGCCUUCUGCCACAAGUCCUCCCUCACUAAACAUAAGAGAACUCAUACAAAAGAGAAACGUGUCAAUUCAGUCAAGGUAGAAAAGGAUUCCUUGGAGAGCUAUGACUCAUGUGCCACAGAACCCAAACAGGAGAAAACCUACAUUGAGACAGUGACAAUGCAGGGGCCUGCUAUGGCAGUGCAGGCAUCAUUAAACAUCCAUGGGUUCCUUGCCCAAGGGAAUGUGGUUCUUGUGGGAGAGCCUGUGGCCAGAUAUGUCCCCUCAGGAGAUGGCAGAGAGUUUUCACAGGAGAGGAACCUCAUGAAUAUAGUUAGUGUGGUACUGCCUUCAGUUACCAAUUAUGUCUUCUUUUAUGUCACAGGAAACAUGUAAGGAGGAGUGCAUUCAAUGUGGACCAGCCUUUGGAGCAGACUUUAGCUUUUUUUGUAGUUGAAAACUCUCACUGAGAGAAUGCUAAUGAAUGCCAAUAAUGGAAAGGUCAAUCAGUCAGUCAUUGUUAGUCGCUCAGUUGUGGCUGAUUCUUUGUGACCCCAUGGACUGUAGCUCGCCAGGCU